AUGCCAAUCACAGAUAACAAGAGUAUCCAAAGCCUCAUCGACACGCUCCGAAUACCCCCUGAUUUCGCGAGGUAUGAGAAUCUAGAGCGAGGUGCCCAAUCUUCUUUGGACGACUGGAAACGCAACGCGCCGAACGUGCUUUCUGAGAUCAGAAACCUCUUACUUCGAACACGAACACAAGGCGACGGUGAAGAUCACAGACUGGGCGAUGAAGGAAUUCAACGCAACAACGAGGGAACACCUCCGUUGAAGGACUUGGGAGACAUCAUCUUCGCCGUCGCCCCUUUCACUGCAGCCAAAUCUGAACGCGACGAUGGGGAAUACCCAUGGGUGACACUACCGUCCGCUGAGGUAGCUCAAGACAUUCUCUCGACCGCACCCCAAUUCACGCACCCAACCAAAAGCCUUCUGGUCCAAAUCCUAACGCACAACAUUAAACCCGUCUUCCAAUCCAAUCCCCACCCAUCGUUGAACCUUGAAACGGGGCGAAAGCUUCCCCGACCGGCGGGGGGCCCAAUGGCUUCGCAGGACUAUUACUUUGGGCAGGAUUGGAAGAACUCACCUGGAGCCGCGACUGUUGUCCUUUGGUGUGUAUCAAAUAUUCAAACAAAUUGGUAUGAGGAGAUGUGGCCCCUCGUUAUACCACCUGUUAUGACUCUGCUGGAUGACUACGAAGCGAAGUAUAAGCUGUGGGGUGUUCGUAUCACUCUGGAAAUGUUGAAGCAUGUGCCGAAGGACCUGCUACGGCGGACUGGUGUGGAUGGGCUGCUGCGUUCAUCGUUGAAAACAUGUUUAGCGCACCUCCAGAAUCCAGAAACGGGGCCCCUGCUACGCGCCGCCAUCUCUGCGUGGCUCGAAUUGGUGAUGAUGACCACUCAGUUUGGAUCGGAGCAGCGAUUUAACGAGCUCUGUGCGCUCCUUGGGGAUGGCAUAAUGGAAGAUGUGUGGCUCUACUCUCAAGAUAAACCAGACGCUGUGCUGGCGACAUUGGAGGCUCUACCACCUGUUGUGCAGGCGUUAGGUGUUGGAUGUGCGAGGUACUUGAAGGAUUUAAUUCCACAGCUAGUUCACCCGCUCAUACCCAAACUUCUCGUUGAGCCACAGCUCGAUAUGCAGUUGGCUUCCUUGGGCGUCUUGCAAGCCGUCAUGGAGGCUUGCCCGCCUCGAAUGCAUAGGUGGAAGGGGACCAUACUCAAUGGGAUCUGCAGGUGUUGGGUCGUCAUGAUUGUUGAUCGAGAUGUUCCCGAUCAGGCGUUGAAGCGGGAGCUGCAGAGCGCGUGUAAGAUAUUAGCCGAGGUUUGCCCGUCGGUUGUUGAGGAGUACCAAAAACUUGUUGCAGUCGAUAAAAAAAUGUUCGGGGACCUUCUUACCCGCGUACCGGUGAGCCAGUGA